AUGGAACAUCCACAACAACAACAGCAGCAGCAGCAACCACAGCAACAGCAACCACAGCAACAACAAUCUUCACAAAAAGAUACCACGACACAAAAGGAACCGGGCACUGGCCCAGGUCGAAGGAAAACGGUGCGUAAAGGCAUGUUUGCCAAAGACUUAAAGCUGCUCAUGUAUGGUUUUGGCGAUGUGGCGAAUCCGGCGUCCGAUUCCAUCUCUGUCAUGGACGACCUCGUCAUUAUGUAUAUUUCAGAAAUGUGUCAAGAAGCUUCGCGUGUCGCUGAACAUCGUGGCAAGGUGCGAGUGGAAGACUUCAAGUAUAUUUUACGCAAGGACAAAAAGAAGCUUGGUCGUGUAGAAGAAUUACUAUACAUGAGCGAAGACAUUCGACGAGCCAAGCAAUUGUUUGACGAGAAGGAAGUGGAUCCAACACAAGAUGAAAACAUGGGAUAA